CGUGAGCAAAAAAUCCUCCUAUGAAACGCCGUCGUUGCUGCUUUGCAGUUUGCACCCGACUAAUGGCCCAGAUCAGAGAUCCAUUUGUCAGAGUUAAAGAGCAAUAAAAAUCUAAUUCGAGACGUUAAACCCCGUCCGCCCGCAAAGGAAGAAAUAGAAAGCACAAAAACCCUAAACCCUAACCACCAGAAGCUGCCGAGGUUGCUUCUAGACCCUUCCUCCUCUCACUAGAAAACCCAUAUCUCCUUCUUCUCCCACUCUCCUUCUCGCCUCUCUCUCGUCCUGUGAACUCUCCAUCGAUCCUUCCCUUCAGUCCCUUUUGACUUCCCUCCUACCAGCAAUUUGCAUACGACCAUGUACCGAUUCGCUUCUAGCCUCGCCACUAAAGCUCGGAUCGCCAGGAAUGGUGCCCAGCAGGUUGGAAGCAGAGUGAACUGGAGCAGGAACUACGCGGCCAAAGACAUCAGAUUUGGCGUAGAGGCUCGUGCUCUAAUGCUUAAGGGCGUUGAAGAGCUUGCUGAUGCCGUCAGAGUCACGAUGGGUCCUAAGGGUCGCAAUGUGGUUAUUGAGCAAAGCUUUGGUGCCCCAAAAGUGACCAAGGAUGGAGUUACAGUUGCUAAGAGCAUUGAAUUUAAGGACAAAGUUAAGAAUAUUGGUGCUAGCCUCGUCAAGCAGGUAGCUAAUGCUACCAAUGAUACUGCCGGGGAUGGGACCACUUGUGCUACAAUUCUCACAAAGGCCAUAUUCGCCGAAGGUUGCAAAUCAGUUGCAGCGGGAAUGAACGCAAUGGAUCUACGUCGUGGAAUCAGCAUGGCUGUUGAUGCCGUUGUCUCCUACUUAAAAAGUAGGGCACGGAUGAUCAGCACGUCUGAAGAAAUUGCACAAGUUGGCACCAUAUCAGCCAAUGGGGAGAGAGAGAUCGGGGAGUUGAUUGCCAAGGCAAUGGAGAAGGUUGGGAAAGAGGGAGUUAUCACUAUCCAAGACGGGAAAACAUUAUAUAAUGAGUUAGAAGUUGUGGAGGGAAUGAAGUUGGAUAGAGGUUACAUAUCACCUUACUUCAUCACUAACCCGAAAACCCAAAAAUGUGAAUUAGAAAAUCCCCUGAUCUUGAUCCAUGAGAAGAAAAUCUCCAGCAUGACUGCGAUUGUUAAAGUACUAGAGCUAGCCUUGCAGCACCAAAGGCCCUUGUUGAUUGUUUCUGAAGAUGUAGAGAGCGAGGCACUGGCAACUCUCAUCAUAAAUAAGCUUCGUGCUGGACUCAAGGUUUGUGCCAUUAAAGCUCCUGGAUUUGGAGAAAACAGGAAGUCGGGGCUUCAAGAUCUUGCUGCCCUUACAGGAGCACAAGUUGUAACUGAAGAGCUUGGGAUGAAUCUCGAAAAGGUUGACUUAGAGAUGCUUGGUAGCUGCAAGAAGCUUGCAAUAUCAAAGGACGACACAGUCAUUCUUGAUGGAGCUGGUGACAAGAAAUCCAUCGAAGAAAGAUGUGAACAGAUCCGGUCUGCUAUAGAACUGAGCACUUCCGAUUACGAUAAGGAGAAGUUGCAAGAAAGGCUUGCCAAGUUGUCUGGUGGUGUGGCUGUGCUGAAGAUCGGUGGUGCAAGUGAAGCUGAGGUCGGUGAGAAAAAAGAUAGAGUCACAGAUGCCUUGAACGCAACUAAGGCAGCUGUGGAAGAGGGUAUUGUCCCUGGUGGAGGUGUUGCUCUUCUUUAUGCGGCAAAAGAGUUGGACAAACUUCAGACGGCCAACUUUGACCAAAAGAUUGGUGUUCAAAUUAUUCAGAACGCAUUGAAGACUCCUGUUCAUACGAUUGCAUCUAAUGCUGGAGUUGAGGGGGCCGUUGUUGUUGGCAAGCUAAUGGAACAGGAUAACCCAGAUCUCGGCUACGAUGCUGCCAAAGGUGAUUACGUCGACAUGAUCAAAGCUGGAAUUAUCGAUCCGCUUAAAGUAAUCAGGACUGCUUUGGUUGAUGCUGCCAGUGUUUCAUCCUUGAUGACAACAACUGAAGCUAUUAUAACCGAGCUACCUAAAGAAGAGAAAGAAGCUCCUGGGAUGCCAGGCGGCAUGGGCAUGGACUACUGAGAGCCCUUAUGAGUUACAAACAACUAAAUAUUGGAUUUUGUACCCGAAUUGUUUGAACAGUUCUAGUUGUGUAUUUUGGUCAUAGUGAGCGGAUCCCCUUCGAAUUUUUUCGGGUUUGCAGGUAGAGGUGUAGCUUGGAAUCUGGAAUUGGUUGUUUCUCCCCCCAAAGGGAAAGCCGAAUUGUGAGUAACCAUUGCUGAUAUUUCCCACAAUAAAUGAUUUAUUGUCGCCUUUGUUGCUUAGGAAAAUAAUCAAAGAAUGACAAUGAUGUCUGCAACUGUUCUAUUGCUAGCAGAAUGUAACCAUAAUCCAAGAAGUCACAGCCUUUUAAAGGUUGAUGCAGAGCAUUGCUGAGUUGACUUAGAUCUGGAUCAUCAGCAACCAUGUUCCCAUAGCUCACGUUAAGUCCUCGUCGUCUACUGCCUUCGUUAACCUUUCUGGGUUUCGGAGUGGAAACAGAGCUUGCUCUCCGUGGUCCAGCUGCUGUCUUGCUCUCUGUCUCUGUCUGUUUAGAAACAUUUACAGCUGAGAAAAGAGCUGCAAAAUAGCGCCCAUAAAUAAAGCCACAUCAAGCAGAAAAGAAACUUAAAAAAUGGCGAAAAACGCCGGAGCUCCUCUUCUUGAAAUAAUGGACAUGUCGCUGGAAGCAAAUUUUUUAGUAAAUUGCAACUGUAAAUGGUCGCAAACAGAGCCCCUAUAGCUCAGUGGUAGAGCGUCAGUCUUGUAAACUGAAGGUCCGUAGUUCGAUCCUGCGUGGGGGCAUUAUUUUUCCAGUUUUAUAUGUACUUCCUCAUUUCCAGUUUUGCAAAAACCUGGAGCAGGUCCCACACCACGCGCUAACCCCAGUCAUCAAUCAAUUAAUGAUAGAUUAGCGUUUAAUUAAACACCUGGUUGCCA